AUGGCUACAUAUCAACCAUAUUCAGAAUAUUCUUCCGUUACAGGAGGUGGCUUUGAAAGUACAGAAUCAAGACCUACCACUACUGAUUCUGGUCCCGGGAACCGUUCUACUACACUGACACCAGUGACCAUAAAACAGAUUUUAAACUCUACUCAAGAGAUUCAAGAUGGCCCAUUUGUGUCUCAUGGCCAAGAGUUACACCACGUCGUUUUUGUAGGUGUCAUAAGAAAUAUCACCGAUCAUACAUCUAAUAUUUUUGUCACUAUCGAAGAUGGCACUGGACAGAUCGAAGUAAGAAAAUGGAGUGAUGAUGCUAACGAUAUGACUACUAGUCAAGAAGAUAGUGCCCAAACCGAGAGCUCACAGAUUGCUCAACAAUAUCAGAUUGGUACCUACGUCAAAGUUUACGGUGCUUUGAAAGAAUUUGGUGGUAAGAAGAACAUUCAAUAUGCGGUCAUUAAGAAUAUGGAAUCCUUUAACGACGUAUUAUCUCAUCAUUUGGAUGCAAUUAAAUGGCACUCUGUGGCUACAGGUAAGUUUCCAGAUCCAUCUACCACAGGUGAUUCUCAAAGUGUUGGUGGAAAUGGCUCUGCAACUAACGGUCAAUCAUUAUUUGUUACAGAAAAUUCUGGAUCUAAUAAUAAUGGCGGAAACAAUGGCGGUGAUGUGAGAGAAAACGUUCUUAGAUUUAUCAAGGAACAAUGUACAGGUAAAGAUGCGAACCAAUUUGCUGUGCCUAUUCAAUUAGUUGCUCAAACUUUAAAUAUAGAUGAAGGUAUUGCUAGGCAAUGUUGUACUACGUUGACUGAUCAAGGUUCGAUUUAUCCAACAUUUGACGAUAACCACUAUUUUGCUCUAUAA